AUAACAUAACAUGUGACCUAAACAUACCAAUCCCAGGUGUUUGACCCAAGAAAUUAGGAAUCUUCAAAAAGAGUCUGCUUAUGUAGUCAAACAACACCCACUAGUUAAACCAACAAAACCACAGGCAAAAGCAAACAUAAAUACCUCAACUUGUACUCUUGACUUUGAACAACAGACUAAGCACAAUCUUCCAAGAAUCACUGACUAUUAAAAUCAAGAUGACCUCUUCUAGUUGGAAUAAUCAAAAUGCUCAGCCAUUUAAAAACAGAUGCUGAAUUACAAGAUCUUGCCCAAAAUCAUCUCAGAACCAACAAAGAACAAACCAUGGAGCCUUGCUUCCAUUAUACCCACAUAAUACCAACAAUGACGAUCAUCUUACUGUCACUUCUCCACAGGCUCCCUUCCAUAACCGCCCAGCAAGACUACAUCAACAACACUCAGCUCAACUGCAACUCCGGCGACGCCUCGCCUUCCAUAGCCAAAGGCUACAGCUGCAAUGGAAUCACGACUGGUCAGUGCCAAUACUUCACAACUUUUCAAUCAAACCCGCCUGACAAUGAUACCCCGAUAUCGAUCGCCCUCCUCCUGGGCUCGGAACCUUCCACCGUGGCUUCCAUAAACAACAUCUCAUCCACCUCGGCCAGAAUCCCACCCGGGACGUGGAUCAUAGUACCUGUCUCUUGUUCCUGUUCAGGCAGCAUCUAUCAACAUAACACUCCUUACGCCGUAAGGGAUCCAAACGAGAGUUACUUCACCAUUGCCAACGACACCUUCCAGGGCCUGACGACUUGUCAGGCACUGGCAGGGCAGAAUUACUAUGAGUUUGACCGACUUGAUGUUGGCUCGGAGCUGAAUGUUCCGUUGAGGUGUGCUUGCCCGAGUGAGCAACAGGCUGCAAGUGGUGUGGUGUCCCUGUUGGGGUACAUGGUGACGUGGGGCGACUCCAUUCGAUCGAUUGCUGACCGGUUUCGUGUGGAUAGUGCCAGGAUCAUGGAGGCUAAUAGAUUGAGCAAUGAUAGUAUGCUCUUCCCAUUUGGGCAGCUUUUGGUCCCUCUUGAUAGCCAGAGUUGUGAAGCGAAUCCUGACAGCUUCUUCUGCAGCUGUAGUGUCAAUCCUGGAAUCUGCAUUCCUGACAAGAAAAAGUUCCCUGUCAAGUUGGUUACACUACUAGGAAUUGGGAUUGGAAUUGGACUACUGGCCACAUUCCUGAUCCUCUACAAGCUUAUUCAGUUCCUCAAAAAGAGAAGAGACAGAAUCCAAAAACAAAAACUGUUCAAGCAAAAUGGUGGGGUCUUGCUACAGCAGAAGCUCAAUUCAUACCCAGGAAGCCAUGAGAACUCAAAGCUAUUCACCGAAGAGGAGCUGAAAAGAGCUACUGACAACUACAACCAGAGCCGCUUCCUUGGCAAAGGAGGGUUCGGGACAGUCUACAAAGGAAUGCUCCCAGAUGGAACGAUAGUUGCUGUCAAGAGGUCAAGAACCAUUGACAAGACACAGAUUCAACAAUUCAUAAAUGAGGUGGUCAUUCUGUCCCAGAUCAACCACAGGCACAUUGUCAAGCUCCUGGGUUGUUGCCUUGAAACUGAGUUCCCAUUGCUUGUCUACGAGUUCAUCCCAAAUGGUAGUCUCUCAAGUUACAUCCAUGGCCGAAAUCUGGAUGGAGAAGAAGUUUUGGCGUCUCUUUCAUGGGAGGAUCGAUUCAGAAUUGUCGGGGAAGUUGCUGGAGCUGUUGCUUACAUGCACUCUGCAGCUUCAUUUCCCAUCUUCCAUCGUGACAUCAAGUCUUCGAACAUACUGUUGGAUGCCAAGUUGAGUGCUAAAGUCUCAGAUUUUGGCACUUCUAGAUCGGUUCCUGACGACAAGACUCAUCUUACUACCGUGGUACAAGGCACCUUUGGGUACUUGGAUCCAGAGUACUUCCACACAAGCCAGUUCACAGAGAAGAGCGAUGUAUACAGCUUUGGGGUCGUUCUUGUGGAGCUUAUGACGGGACAAAAGCCCAUCUCAUUCACUAGAGGUGAAGAAGAGAGAAGUCUCGUCGCACAUUUCAUUUCAUCAACGAAGGAGAACAAGGAUGGCCUGUCCAAGAUUUUGGACCCUGUGGUCAGUAGAGAAGCCAGGGAAGAAGAUGUGGAAUCCAUUGCAGAGCUGGCUGUGAGGUGUUUGAGAUUGAAUGGGAAGAAAAGGCCUACAAUGAGAGAGGUGGCUAUGGAGCUCGACGGGUUGAGGAACUCACAAAAGAGAUUGCAACUUGAUCAAGAAGAGUCCUUUGUGGAUAGAACAUACAGUAAUCAGCUUGAUGCUGAAAGAGAAGAGUCCAUUGAGGACAGCUUUGCGAUCUCUGUAGAGCUUGAAUCCGUCUAAAACUUGAGACUAAUUAUUUUGUUUUCUCAGAUUUGUUUCCAUCUUUCCACUUAGAUAGUUUCACCGUUCCCAUCAAAACUAAGGUUAAGACUUAGUACAGCAUUUCCAGUUAGUUUUUUUCUCUUUAGCAGUUACAGCAAUAAGGGACAGGAGCAAUGUAAACUAAGUACCUUCAUGUUCUGGGACAGCUGUUGUGGCCCGAGUCUGUAGGGAAAGCUACUCACUUUGAACCGAAAUAAUGUCAGCACCAGAUAUGCAUCGUAACCUUCGGAAGUUCACUGCACAAAAUUGAAGCUCAAACAAUUUGAAGAACAGUGAGCAAUGGUUCUCAUACUAUACGUAUACUUGAUAUUAGACGCAUACACAAGUAUAACCGAUCAAUCAUUGAAAUUAAUAUGACGUGUAUUUACGACCCUUGAGAUGAACACAACCUUUAUGCCAUAUUUAGAAUGAAGGAUUUGGCGCAUU